AUGGUUGUCCUGAAUCCAGUGACUUUGGGAAUUUAUCUUCAGCUUUCCUUCCGCUUUAUCGUGUCUCAGCCUACUUUCAUCAACAGCGUCCUCCCCAUUUCAGCAGCCCUUCCUGGCCUGGAUCAAAAGAAGCGUGGUGGCCACAGAGGAUGCUGCCUCCUGACGCCCCCUCCACCCCCACUGUUCCCACCACCAUUCUUCAGAGGGGGCCGAGGUCUGCUUCUCUCCCCAGACAUGAAGAAUCUCAUCCUGGAACUAGAGACCAUGCAGUCGUCAUGUGCUCAAGGAUCGCUCGGCUCCCCUGGGCCCCCUGGCCCCCAGGGCCCACCGGGACUUCCUGGCAAGAUAGGACCAAAGGGAGAAAAGGGGGAGCUUGGCCUACCAGGAAGGAAGGGUAGACCUGGCCCCCCAGGUGUUCCUGGCAUGCCCGGGCCAGUCGGCCCUGAAGGACUCAGGGGUGAAAAAGGUGACCUGGGUAUGAUGGGCUUGCCAGGGUCAAGAGGACCAAUGGGCUCCAAGGGUUACCCUGGAUCCAGAGGGGAAAAGGGAUCCAGAGGUGAAAAGGGUGACCUGGGUCCCAAAGGAGAAAAGGGUUUCCCGGGAUUUCCUGGAAUGCUGGGGCAGAAAGGUGAAAUGGGUCCACAGGGUGAGCCUGGGAUAACAGGACCCAGAGGGCCCAGAGGAAGACCAGGCAAACGCGGCAAGCCGGGGCAGAAGGGAGAUAGUGGAGUAAUGGGCCCACCAGGCAAGCCUGGGCCUUCUGGUCAACCUGGCCGUCCAGGUCCCCCAGGCCCCCCGGGCCCCCCAUCCACAGGACAACUUGUGAUGGGACCCAAAGGGGACAGAGGAUUUCCCGGGCCUCCAGGAAGCUGUCUUUGUGGAACCCCUAUGAAUGUGAAUAACCCUUCCUACAGGGAAUCCACGUUUGGGCCCAGUUCCCCGCACGUUCCUGUGAUUUUUGUCGUCAACAACCAGGAGGAGCUUGAGAGGCUGAACACCCAAAACGCCAUUGCAUUCCGCAAAGACCAGAGAUCUCUAUACUUCAAGGACAGCCUUGGCUGGCUCCCCAUCCAGGUGACCCCCUUCUACCCUGUGGACUACACUGUAGACCACCGCGGCUCCUGUGGGGAUGGGGUCCUGCAGCCCGGGGAGGAGUGUGACGACGGGAACAGUAACGUGGACGACGACUGCAUCAGCUGUCACCGGGCCUACUGUGGAGACGGUCACCAGCAGAAGGGCGUGGAGGACUGUGACGGCUCUGACUUUGGCUACCUGACGUGCGAGACCUAUCUCCCAGGGUCAUAUGGAGACCUGCAGUGCACCCCAUACUGCUACAUCGACUCCACAUCCUGCCGCUACUUCACAUGAGGGCCGCGAGGAGGAGGGCUGCGUCUUACGUAACCGGCAGCAGCUCCUCCACCCUCAGCAAAUUGACUUCGCGCCAUCCUGGUCCAGUUUCCACCACCUUCGUGCAACAACAACAAGGACAAACUCUUGCUGCUAAGACAUGCUUGUAACUCAGUCCAACUGGAAGAACUUAGGACUACUGCAUCCUGUCUUAAUCCAGAGUCCAGGAAAACCUUCCACGUGCCUGACCUGGGAACUGUUCCCCAUUGCUACCAUCUGGUAGCCAAACCUACAGUGCCCUUUCUCUUCUGGAAUGUUACUGACCCAGACCAUGGACUUGGCUUAGAACUGUUAGCCCCACCUAGACCUGCAGGGCUUUUUGAAUUUGUUCUCAUCCCACUUGGGGCAUCUGGUGUACAGGCUUCUCCACUCCUCUGACCUCUGGAAAUGUGGGCAUUCUCACCCAGGGCAGCCGGCUGUCAGGUCUCUCCAGGCCCGUGAACCACAAAGCAGGGAAGUGGGCCCGUUCUCUCAGAGUGGCUCCCAGCUCUGGACCCACUGAGGAACCCCUCAACUGGCUAUGGCCCAGCACAGCCUCAUGUGGAUACAGCUUCCCCAAGAAGAGACCCAACUGUGAAAAAGUCCUGAGAAAGCCACCAAAACGGUGCUCUGGCCCUGGAAGAGGGUGGAGGCCCAGCUGGGGUGCUCAGCAUGUGAACAAUAGCAGAUCAGUGGCCUUCUGCUUCUCAGUGUUUCCCAAAGGGAUAGCCCUUGUGGUUUCACUGUCCCUAGCACCACCUUGACCUUGUGGCUCUCGGCACCUUGACCUCUGUCUUACAAAUGCCCCUUAUGUCCCUUUCUUGUUCAGGAGAUUCACUACCAGAGGGUGACCUCCUAAGUCUACACCUGGGAAGGCUUUUGGUGUUUCCAGUCCUUAGGAAAGCACUACCCUGGGUUUCCCCACGUGAGGCCCUAUGACUGAGUACCUGCCCUAGGCAGAAACCAUUUCUCCUGAGCUCCAGCUCCUGGCUACCUGCUGACUCCUGUGCGCAUCCCGUGGCCUUCCCUUUGUGUCUCUGUAGUGCAUUGCCUUGCCCUCGUGUCUGUGUGCCUGAGCCCCCCACGUUUCUGCAGGGUCAUUAGUCUGGCCUGUCUGUGAGCUGCCUUAUACCACCAUCUUUCCCGAGUGGGGCUUGCUUAGCUUUGGUUCGCAAAAAUGUCUCCCCCACAGCAGGCCUCAAAUGGGAUUUGUCUAUUUGUUACCAGAUGGAGGGACACUUUGGGGCUUUUGUACGAAGCUAGUGUGCCUGAGUCCUAGGGACUCAGUAGACAGGAGCUUCUUGCCCAGCAGACCAUCACGAGUGGUCUGUAGUAGAUGGGAUCAGCCCAAAGGUGAUGUCUUUAGAGGUAGGCACACUGGUCAGCCCAGUUCCCUCAGCCUCUACUGCGCACCUUGGGGUGAUAUUGCCCCCAUGUAAAGCUACACCUUCAUGCUGGGAUCUCCACAUGGGAAAGCAAGAAAUACAAGCAGUUUGUUUCCCCCACUGUGGCUCUCUUUCCCUUGGGGUUUUGGGCCAGUGUGUCAGCAUUACUGUUUGGAAUGAGGGGUCUGAAUUCACUGCCUCCCAGGCUUUGCAAAGGGUUCUAGAAUGUGGAGCAGUACUAUCCCUCAGGGACAAGGGAGGAAACCAACGUUGAGAGAGAUAAAGGGACUUACCUAAGGCCACAAAGCCUGCUCUUGCUAACCCAGCGCCACUCCAGCCUUAUUUUAGGACCACAUUUAAAACAAGAUGGAGCUCCAACACUGCCCUUGGUUGGACCUGGCCACGAGAUACCCUGUCCUGGGUCCCUUGCCUUGAAGGGCACCAUUCUGGCCCUCCUCUGGCCAUGAUCCUCCCCACAGGGCAGGGAGUCUAUGAGGCCAAGGUGACCUUCCCACUGUAGCUUGUGCACCCCUCUCCCAGACCAUGAUGCAGGUACCCGGGAGACCACAGUUCCCACCCAGGUGGUCCUGAGCCUGAGCAGUCCUCUUCGCCAUUGUCUGUCUUCCUGAGUGUGACCUGCACACACCUGGGUGGCCAGGGACAAGCUGUGUUUAGAGGUUGUAGAUGGGGCUUGGAUAUGUGGGCUGGGGUUUCCACACAGAUAUACACGAAGCCCCUCUCAGUGUGGGUUGAGCCUUGUUCUCCUUGUGCCACCACGGAGCUUUGAGGGAUCUAAAUAUUCCAAAUGCAAACCCAGCCUUCUAGGUCUUACGAAAGUGUGACUGUCAAGUAAGCAGAGAGACAUAUUUAAUAAUAGUUUGUUAGUUUGAUUCUAACGUAAAUACUUAGACAUGUGGGGUGUGAGCCUCCAUCUGGGCUCUUGUAACCAGAUCCCACGAUAUUAGAGGUGGGCCUGUCUCUGACUAUUGCAAGGGGUUUCCGAACGGCUCUGAAAAUGAAAGGAUUCAAAGCCACUUGUUUGAAGUAUAUAUGUAACAAUAGUAAUCCUCCCCCUGUGGCAUUGUGAUUUUUUUUUACUUAAAUUCAAUUAAUUCACAUAUAGUGUAUUUUUAGUUUCAGAGGGAUUCAGCAGUCUUGUAGAACACCCAGUGCUCGUGACACAACGUGCUGCCCUCAGCCCUCCCCUGAAAUGCUGUGGUACAGGGGGCAGCUUCCCCAGGACCAGGGGUACCUUGUGAGCAGGCCAGGUGGCCACAGAAUAGGUAGCCAAAUGUCUCCUGGGAGCACCUGCUGGCCCUGUGGGGAGCCGAGGUGCUGCAGCGGGGAGGGAAGAGCACCGUAUCGGGAGUCCUGACACUGGGGCUCAGACUUGGUUUGUCACUUCUCACAGACUCCAGCUCCUUACCUGGAAGAAACUGUAUACAAGUUUCUUUCUUCCAGCCCUAAUAUUUUGUGGGUGGGGACUCUGUCCUCCAGCAGUGACAGGGCAUGCCUAGGCGUGGUGACGGAUAUCCUCAGCUGCUCCUGAGGCUGUCACAUGGGUGGCUGCAAAUAUCGUAGGGUCUU